AUGAGUUAUGUAUUAGCUAAUCAACCUGUUGUUAUUGAUAAUGGAAGUGGUUUCAUUAAAGCAGGAAUUGCUGGUGAAAGUCUUCCAAAAUGUUAUUUUAGUAAUCUUGUAGGAAGGCCUAAAUAUCAUAGGGUAAUGGCUGGUGGAUUAGAAGGUGAUUUAUUUAUUGGUAAAAAAGCUCAAGAACAUAGAGGUUUACUAAAAUUAGAAUAUCCAAUGGAACAUGGCAUAGUAACUAACUGGUCAGAUAUGGAACAUGUUUGGCAAUAUUUAUACAGUCCUGAAAAUUUAAAUAUCAAUUCAGAAGAACAUCCUGUACUUUUAUCUGAAGCUCCUUUAAAUCCUAGUACAAAUCGUGAAAAAAUGGCCGAAAUAUUUUUUGAAACAUUUAAUGUUCCUGCACUUCAUAUACAAAUUCAAGCUGUAUUAUCAUUAUAUUCAACAGGCAGGACAUCUGGUGUUGUUUUGGAUUGUGGUGAUGGUGUAACACAUAUUGUACCUAUUUUUAAUGGAUUUGCUUUAUCACAUGCUAUUCAAAGAUCUGAAAUUGCAGGAAGAGAUAUUACAAAAUAUUUAAGGAAAUUAUUAUUUAGAGAAGGAAUUGUUCUAGCUAGAUCAAGUGAAUUUGAAAUUAUUCGAGAAAUAAAAGAGAAAGCAUGUUAUGUUUCAAUGAAUGUUGCUAAAGAGGAUGCAAAUAUUGGUGAUUCUAGUAAAAAAUCUGAUUAUAUAUUACCAGAUAACUCUCAAAUUUCACUUGGUUCUUGUAGAUAUAAAGCACCUGAAAUUCUUUUUAAUUCUUCUGCAGUUGGUCAAGAAAGUAAAGGUGUCCAUGAGUAUCUUGUUGAUUCAAUUUUAUCCUGUGAUACAGACUUAAGAAAAGAUUUAUACGCUAAUGUUGUACUUUCUGGUGGAACAACAUUUUUCUCCGGUUUUGGAGAUAGACUUUUAUCUGAAGUCAAAAAGAGUGCAGCAAAAGAUGCUAAAUGGCGAAUAAGUGCACCUCAAGAGAGAAUAAAUAGUGCUUGGAUAGGUGGGUCUAUUGUAGCAUCUUUAGAUACUUUUAGAAAAAUUUGGAUUUCUAAGAAGGAGUACGAAGAUGAGGGAUUAAAAAUUGUUCACAGAAAAACUUGUUAA